AUGUCGAGUAAAUUUGCACCAUCUAAAGGCGAUUGGAUAUGUAGUGAUUCGAGAUGUGGUAACGUCAACUUUGCACGUCGUGAAAAGUGUAAUAAAUGCGGACGCCCAAAAAAGCAUCAAUCAAGUGUUCACGUUUCUGGCAGGGAAAUAGGAAAGGAACUGGCUGAAAAGAGUCGAGGACUAUUUAGCCCUGAUGACUGGCAAUGCAAAAGUUGUGGUAACGUAAAUUGGGCACGAAGGACUGUCUGCAAUGUGUGCAACACCUCGAAAGUGAAUACCCAGGGUCAACGAACCGGCUACGGUGGUGGCUACAUGGAACGUGAUGAGGUGGUGGACUAUAAACAGCGUGACGAAUCUGAUGACGAAUAUGACGAGGUAUUUUUGUUCGGAAUAAAGAAAAAGAAGUAUCGGAAGGUACAAGGGGUAAGCGAAGUUUCUAAUAAUGCGCAGAAUCCGAAAUUUGGAGAAACAAAUGGAGAAGAUGCAGAAACAAAAAAUGCCGAACAGAAGGAUAAUUCAGAAAACGAUGCUCAAAAGGAGCAUAGCAAAGAGGAGCAAGAAGAGGCGGAGGACGACGAGGAAGACGAAGAAGAAGAUUCAGGUGAUGACGGGGACCUCUCAAAGUACGACAUUUGGGGUGACGACGACGACGACAACGGGGAAAACAACGAAAAAUCGGGAGCUGGCGACACCAGUCUGGAUAAAAGCGGGAAAAAGGAGGCGUCUGCUUCUUCUUCUUCGUCGUCGUCUUCUAGUGGAAGCAGCAGCAGCGACGACGAAAGUUCAUCAAGUUCCACAUCCUCGUCCUCGAGCACAACCUCACAGAAGAAGGAGAGGAGCCCCAGUCCGAAACCCUCGAAUGAGGUCGAGAAGCAAUCGUGA